CAGACAAGUUGUUGUGUUUUCUUUUACGUUUUAAUACGUUUAAUAAAUUAAUUAUUUAUAUCAAUAAAAAUAUCUAAAUAAAAAUGCCAAAAGUUGUAUCAAGAAGCAUAACUUGUUCGGAUACAAAAGAUCAAGAAGAAUAUGGUGAAGAAAAACCAUUGCACACUUAUUAUUGUCUCUGUGGACAAAUGACACUUAUUUUGGAUUGUGCUGUUGAAAAAUUACCACUGAGAAAACGUGAUGGAGCAAGAGUUAUUGAUGGAAGUAAACAUGCUCGCAGAGUAACAUGUGAACAAGAUGAAACAGUUUAUCUUAAACGUCAAGAAGGAAUUGAAAGACAAUUUCGACAAAAAUGCAAAAAAUGUGGACUCUUGUUAUAUUAUAAACAUGAUCGAACAUCAAAUGUUGUAUUUAUCGUGAAAGGAUCUGUUAUUCAAAGCUCAGGAGAAGGACCAAUGACUGAUAUUUAUAAUCAAGUUGCAAUUGAAAAACCAAAGAAAAUUAUGGUCACAAAACAUACUAAAAAUAUGGGUAAAUUUAGUUCAGUAACAGUAUCAACAAUUGACGAAGAAGAAGAUGAAAUUGAAGCUAGAGAAGUUGCUGAUUCAUAUGCAAAUAAUGCUCGAAUAAUUGAGAAACAAUUAGAAAGAAAAGGCAUCAGUAAAAGAAAAGCACAAGUAAUGCCACCACCUGAACCAGAAAGCACAAAAAGAACAAAACCUCGAGGUACACUAUUGGAUAUGUAA